AUGUCUAAAUUAUCAUAUUUGCCAGCCCUUGAAGACGCCAACACGCCUUUGUCCAAGGAACAGCUCACAAUUCUCCGCAACCAACUCUCAAAGGAGCAGCCAAAUAUCUCCAUCCAGUCACAGUUCAAUUACGCAUGGGGCCUCAUCAAAUCGGCGCUGAAGGAUGACAGCAAACAGGGGAUUCGCUUGUUGAGUGAGAUCUACAAGGAGUACCCACAACGCCGCCGCGAGUGUCUAUACUACUUGUCCAUCGGGUGCUACAAGGUUGGCGACUACUCCAACGCCAGACGGUAUGCUGAGGCGCUUUUGGAGAACGAGCCAGAGAAUACACAAGCCCAGCAGUUGAAGAACUUGAUCGAAGAUAAGGUGGCGAAGGAAGGUUUGAUCGGGAUGGCCGUCAUUGGUGGGUUUCUUGCCGUUGGGGGUGCCGCUUUGACUGCAAUUUUGACUUCCAAAAAGUCCAGAAGGUGA